AUGAAGAACCUGCCGGUCCACUUGGAGAAAGUCCCGGGUGUGCAACACGCGCUGUACGCGGACGACAUCUCCAUUUGGGCCACGCAGGGCUCUCUCGGUGAAAUGGAGGCCAGCCUGCAGGAGGCGGCCAACGCGGCGAACGAGUACGCGAAAAGAUGUGGCCUUCAUUGCUCCCCUCAAAAAUCCGAAUUCGUGCACAUUCGCCCCAACAAAAAAUGCACAAACAAGAUAGAAUUGAGACUUGGAUCGGAACCGAUACCCGAAAGAAAAGAAAUUAGAGUCCUAGGUCUUUUCAUCCACCAGCGUCGGCUGGCGACGACCACGCUCGACAAACUAAAGAAGGUGGGAGAUCAGGUGGGCCGAAUGGUCCACAGAGUCUCGAACAAGAAAGGGGGACUGCGAAGCAAAGACGCCUUGCGGCUAGCCAAUGCCUUUGUAACAAGCAGAAUCCUGUACUCGACCCCCUAUCUCCGCCUCAACAAACACGACCAGAACAUCAUCGAGGUGAUAAUACGCAAAAUGGCGAAGAAGGCCCUCGACCUCCCGAUAACCACGUCUAACCUGAGACUUCAAGGUCUGGGUAUGACGAACUCCUUCGAUGAACUUAGAGAAGCCCACCUCACAGGUCAAUACACGCGAUUAUCGCAGACGUCGUCAGGACGCCGCCUUUUGGCCCGUCUGCACAUAGAACACACGACUCUAACCGAGGAGAGAGUAAGACUCUCUCAGGAAUGGCGUUACGCCCUGCACGUAAGACCACUCCCCAUUAAGAUGUCCAGGGACGACCACGAGGGUAGACGCAGGGCCAGGGCAGAGGCCUUAGCUCACCACUACGGAAGGAAACCCGGGGUAUACUACGUGGACGCAUCCGGCCCGCACCAUGGCGGGUGGUACACGGCGGCAGUGAUCCACGAGUCCAAAACGGUGAACGGGCUCACCUUCAAAGCCCGAAGCGUCACUCAAGCAGAGGAAGUCGCCAUCGCUUUAGCGGCAACACACUCCGAUUCCAAGACAAUCAUAACCGACUCGCAAGGGGCGUGUCGGAACGUCCAACAGGGCUGGGUCCCGUACCUGGCCUACCGGCUACUGCAAAAUAGCUCGUACGUAGGAGGUCCAUCCCACCGCUUCAUAGUCUGGGCUCCGGCCCACUCGGGGCUAGGAGGAAACGAGGCAGCAGAUGCAGCCGCCCGCGCGCUCUCUAACCGGGCAACCUCGUCCCCCGCCUCCUCUGAAGAAGUAGCGGAAGCCACGCCGACCUACACUUACAAGGAAAUAACACAAUUCUACAAAGAUAGACAUAAACUGUACCCCCACCCGUGUAAAGGAUUAACGAGAGCGGAGGAACGCCUGUUCCUCCGCCUUGUCACGAACACCAUGAUGUGCCCGGCCUCGCUAAAGCACUUUGACCCUGCCUUCUCCGGAGAGUGCCCGCACUCUCACGAGGGAUAUUAA